AUGGACCUGGGGAAGCCAAUGAAGAACGUGUUGGUGGUGGCCCUCCUCGUCAUUUUCCAGGUGUGCCUCUGCCAAGAUGAGGUCACGGACGAUUACAUCGGAGACAACACCACGGUGGACUACACGCUGUAUGAGUCCGUGUGCUUCAAGAAGGACGUGCGGAACUUUAAAGCCUGGUUCCUCCCGAUCAUGUACUCCAUCAUUUGCUUCGUGGGCCUUCUGGGCAACGGGCUGGUCAUGCUGACCUACAUCUAUUUCAAGAGGCUCAAGACCAUGACUGAUACGUACCUGCUCAACCUAGCCCUGGCGGACAUUCUCUUCCUUCUGACUCUCCCCUUCUGGGCAUACAGCGCAGCCAAGUCCUGGGUCUUUGGGGUCCACGUUUGCAAGCUCAUCUUUGGCAUCUACAAGAUAAGCUUCUUCAGCGGCAUGCUCCUGCUGCUAUGCAUCAGCAUCGACCGCUACGUCGCCAUCGUCCAGGCCGUCUCAGCCCACCGCCACCGUGCCCGCGUCCUUCUCAUCAGCAAGCUCUCCUGUCUGGGCAUCUGGAUGCUGGCCAUGGUGCUCUCCACCCCAGAGCUGAUAUACAGCGGGAUCCAGAAGAGCAGCAGUGAGCAGGCACUGCGGUGCUCCCUCGUCACCGAGCACGUGGAGGCCUUGAUCACCAUCCAGGUGGCCCAGAUGGUGGUAGGCUUCCUGAUCCCCCUGGUGGCCAUGAGCUUCUGCUACCUUGUCAUCAUCCGCACCCUGCUCCAGGCACGCAACUUCGAGCGCAACAAGGCCAUCAAGGUGAUCAUCGCCGUGGUUGUGGUCUUCGUAGCCUUCCAGCUGCCCUACAACGGGGUGGUUCUGGCCCAGACAGUGGCCAACUUCAACAUCACCAGCGGCACCAGCUGCGAGCUCAGCAAGCAACUCAACAUCGCCUACGAUGUCACCUACAGCCUGGCCUGUGUCCGCUGCUGCGUCAACCCUUUCUUGUACGCCUUCAUCGGUGUCAAGUUCCGCAGCGACCUCUUCAAGCUCUUCAAGGACCUGGGCUGCCUCAGCCAGGAGCGGCUCCGGCAGUGGUCUUCCUGCCGGCACACCCGGCGGUCCUCCAUGAGCGUGGAGGCUGAGACCACCACCACCUUCUCCCCGUAG